CUUUAGAGAAACACAACUCAUGGAAACUGUGUUAUAAAAUGGUUUUCGAUUCAUCCCCAUCUAAAAGUUUCAUUGAAACACAGAAAAAAUUAAGAAAAAAGAAUGUUUUUCUCUAUUAUCCAAAUAUCUUAGGUUAUAUUCGUAUUGUUUUAGUGUUUAUUGCGCUAUAUUCGGCGUUUCGAUCAUGGAAAACUUUAUGCAUUUGUUAUACUAUAAGUCAAUUAUUGGAUGCAGCUGAUGGAGUUCUCGCACGUUAUUUUUCUCAAGCGACUGUCUUUGGAUCCGUUUUAGAUCAGGUCACCGAUCGUUUGUCAACGGUGACUAUUCUUUUACUCGAUUCCAUCGUUCAUCCUGAGUAUUACUUUUGGUUCUGUUUGGUUCUAAUUUUGGAUUUAAGUGGUCAUUGGGUUCACACCUUUGCUUCUAUUUGUGCUGGUUCAAAAUCACAUAAAAAUAUACCGACAACUUGGCCGUUUUUAAAAUUAUACUACGAAAGAAAAGUUUUUAUGUUUCUUUGUCAUUCCGGAAACGAGUUUGUUUGGAUAACAAUCUUUCUGUUGACUCAACUUCAUCCUCAUCAUAGUUUAGUUCCAUUACUAUAUACUAUUUUAAUUCCGUCUAUAAUUUUGUGUCUUUUUAAAAAUGUAACAAACGUAGCUCAACUCAUUUAUGGCGCUCAAGUGUUAGGAGCUGUUGACUUAUCUUAGCCCAUACUAAUUUCUGUAUGUUGGUUGGCUAGUGAUUCAACUCAAUCAGUAUUUGCAAACUUUAAAAAGAUAUAUCUCUGAUGAAAAGAAUACUGGUGAAAUCAAAUCCUCAUAAUUAUACUGCAGUAAAGCCAGCUCUUUUUUAAAAUAAUAAAAGAAAAAAAUCGAGUAACACUUCUGUUAUUUAACUUCGAAAAAUCUUCAUAUCCUUUUUAGAGAAAAAAAAAAUGUUUCCAAGUUCCAUGGUGAAACGUUAUAUUAUUAUAUGAUCACUAGCAUGUUUCACAGAACAAUUUUUUCUAGCGAACAUUGCUUAAACACUAAAUAUUUUUUAGGAAAUUUUUUUUUUACAGUAUGCUAUUUUGAAAUAUGAUUGUGAUCGUGCUUCAUUUUGCAUAAACUAAGUUUCCUAUUUUUAGAUUGUGUUUAAUAAUUUUUUUAUAAGGAAUUUCAGGAUUUUGAAAAAUAAUAUAAAGCUUCGUAAUAACGAAAACCUUUAAAAUUUUUGGUUAAUAAAAGAAAAAAACAUACAAGAAAAAAAAAAUUAGGUUCAGAGUGUGGUAAAAGGACUAUGAAAUAAUAAUGAAACAAUUGGUGCAGUUACUAAGUUAAUUGAUUGUCUUUAAACACAGCCGUUAGUAUAUCAAUCCUUCUUUUAGAAACAAUGUUUUUCUUCUCAUUAUUUUCUAUAAUUCUUUUAAUUGUAUCUCUUUGCCCAAGCCGUGGUAUUAAUCCUUAUUCAAACCCUAUGAAUAAUUAUUUUUUAUCAGACAGUUCGUCUGCCUCACCUUUUAUGCCACCAUCUUCAAACUUACCUUUUAUGCCACAGUCUUCCAAUUCACCUUUUAUGCCGCCCUCUUCGAAUUCACCCUUUAUGAGGUCCUCUUUAAAUUCACCUUUCAUGCCACAGUCUUCCAAUUCACCUUUUAUGCUGCCCUCUUCGAAUUCACCUUUUAUGAGGUCCUCUUUAAAUUCACCUUUCAUGCCACAGUCUACCAAUUCACCUUUUAUGCUGCCCUCUUCGAAUUCACCUUUUAUGCCCCCCUUUUCAAAUUCACCUUUUAAGCCGCCCUCUUCAAAUUCACCUUUUAUGUCACCACCAUCAAAACACCCCUUUAUACACCUAUCUGCGAAUUCUCCAAUUAUGCAAUCGUCAUCCAGUUUUCCAUUCGUGUACGAAGAUACUGGUGUAGCUGAAGGAUUAAUCAAUUCAGGAAUUGACAAAGAAAGUAAAAGUAUUAUUCCGUUUCCUAAAGCAUUUUGGACUUUCGUUAAAGCUCUUGUGGAGGAUUUAAAUUUAAACGAACCCCAAAUUUUAAUGCGUAUAAAUAAGGCUAAUCAUUGUAUUAAAAUAGAAAAUGAUUUACAUGAAGGAAGAAAAAAGCAUUUGCAGGUAAUGAUUAACAUUUUUUGUGCAAUGCAAUCAAAAAAUACCGGCAAAAAGAAACGUUCCUCACAAAGAAAUAAAAAAAAUAUGAAUAUUGAUAUGUUUGGACCUAUAGGUCGUUCCGUUUCUGUUAUCAUUAAGCCAACGAACGCUUUUUAUGCAGAAUUUAAAUUGACGCAAAUGGGAAAAAUUGUUUACUCACAUUUAAAGAGAAUUACCAGUACAACAUUAUCGCCUUGCUUUUACGAAAAUUCUUAAAAAAGUAAUACAUCGAGAUGCGUUUAACCUUUUGAUUUUCCAAGCCAAAAAAUUUAUUCAUCGGAAAAU